UAUAGACCAUCACAAUGAGGAAGCGUAACAUUUGGUCAUAUGAGGAAACUGUGGAAAUGCUUAACAUCAUGCAGGAACAGGAAACACCGAAAGCCAUGAAUGGUAGACCAUUUCGUAAGGAUAAAGCCUUUUGGUUGGUGAACGUAGAAAUGGUCCGGCGAGGCUAUCCCAACCGGGAUUCGAAGCAAAUCGAGUACCGAUGGAGGAAUCUUAAACGACGUUUUGUGGAACUGCAGAAAAAUGUGAACAACAUAGACACCAGCACGUUUCAGUAUUAUGACGAAAUUGAUUUACUGUUGAAAGGUAAAAGUUCACCGGAAGGCAAUCCCCAAGCCAUGGAUAGUUCAGAAACUAAUUUAGUUGACCCAAAACAAAACGAACAGACGGAGAAAAAUCCCACUACAGAAGUAGAAAGCCAGCAUUUGCAAGGAAAAGGACACUCUCAGAGACGAUCUUCGCGCAAGACGAAAGGAAAAUCGCGCAGAUUCAAUAUGGACCUUCCGACCACGUCGUCUGCCGCACAGGUAACAAAGGCGACAGACAACGAAAUCUAUGCAAACGAGAAGAAACUGAUCACCUACCAAUUCGAACUAUAUAAUCGAGUGCAGCGAGAAUCAGACGAAAAGUUCCUUCAGAUGUGUCGUCAAAGCCUGGAAGAGAGCAAUGAAAUGUUCCGGAACUCUAUAUCGCAGUUGUUCGCUACACAAAAUAAAUGA